GUGCCAUUAUGUGGUAUUGGCUCUCGUGAGACCGUAGCUCCCCCACCCCCUCCCCCGGUGAGGCGCAAUUUUCAACGCUCCCCUCGUGUUUCGCUGUGCCUGCUUGUUCAUUCCUGCUUUACUGCUUGUCUCUGCCGUCUACCUCAUACAUGCCACAGAUCGUGGUACUUGGUCCUGCUACUAGGCUUUGUCCAACACACCCUCUCUUAUUGCAUCAACCAUGAAUAAUAAUCCCAGAAAGCGCCGGGUUACCUGCCCCAAGGACAACUCUCUCCCAGUGACGGGAUCUCAGCAGGGCCCGACAUUUUCUUCAAUCGUCUACUCUGAUUUCUCUAAUCUCCCACCCGACACUCAAUAUCUCCUCUCGCAGGCUGCGUCACUCUACGAUCUUUCUGGACCUCGACUUCACCAACUGCUCUCGCAUAACUUGUUGCAAAGUCAAUACAACCCCAAAAGGCAAAGGUUCAUGGAAUCUUACCACAUGUCGUCUCAAUACCAAGACGACCCCCUUUCUCCAGGCUUCGAGGAAAAGUCUCAAGCAGUCGGACAGCACAGCCAUCAUGUCCUCGACGGCGUUGGUCCGCAGCAAUUGCCAUCGGGGUUUCCAGUUCCUGGCCUUAACGGACUCGCCGAAGAAUUGCAGACCAUGGCGCUGGUAGUGUGCCGGAGCUGCUUGAGUUGCGGCAUUUCCAAUGGUGUCUACGAGCCUCUCUCUGGGAGCGAGACCAAUGCCUACAGCUACGGCACCAGGAUCGACAGACCGUACGAGGGUGAGAAGCCACCUUCAGCACAGGUUUCUCAGCCAGCCAUCUAUGUCCCUACUACCAACGCCCCCAACGUGCCAAAUCAUUUUCCCGUCACAGAGCCUGUAAUGAUAAGCACAUACGUGCCACACUAUCAACCUCUUCAAGACAGUUCGAAUCACGCCAUGACUCCGCAGAACUCAGGACAUGACACCAUAGUAUACCCGACCGAUGUACCAGCGGCAGUCUACUACCCCGAAACAUCCGGUGUUCCUAUUGGUGAUGCGAUCAGCUUUCCCAACCUGAACACCAGUGACCAUCAUCUCUCUACGGGGGAAGGUCUGUCAGACCCAUACGGCGAUAACUUGAUGGACAUGGCUGUGUCUUCUACGUUGCAUCAGCAAUCUUCCAUACCUGCUAGGACGGCCGGCUUCGCAAUGCCUCCCGCCUAUGCCACGUCUUGUGUCAAGACCGAGGAAGUGGACAUGUCGGCCCAUUGCAAUAGCCUCGACGUUGUGUUCCCUCACCAGCGACCGCCAGCUUCCAAGCGUGGCCCUUUCAAAGACCAGAAGGCGCGGGAAGAGACGGCUGCAACGAGGAAGAAUGGAUCUUGCAUCCGUUGUAAGAUGCAACGAGUUCGUUGUAAAACUGACCCAGAGGACCCCAAGGGUCCAUGCGUUGGAUGCAAACCCAAAUCAUCCAAUAACCACCAGAAACAACUUUUUCGGCAGCCCUGUGUGCGUCGCAAAAUUACAGAAUGCAAUUUCUUUAAACGUGGUCAGGCACCUGGCUACGAAUGGACACGGCGUUGGGGCAACGGCAUCGUAGAUAACAUCAACAACUGGGCAUCCAGUGAGGUGAAGACAAUCCGCUUGUGGGAAGGAUACACACCGGUCGACAUGUGCGUACAACUCCACGUGCGGGAAUUCAUUCCCCAACCUGGAGACAAACUGGAUCGCACUUGGGUCGCCAAAGGCGUGAGGAAGUCGGUGGCAAUUCCCACAUAUGCCAUCACGAACCUUGACGAAGCCCAGGCAGCUUACGAAGACUACAUCAAGAGGGGAGUUGUUGGCUGCUUCAAAUCGGUCAUUGAGAGUGUGAUGGGUGUCCGGAUGGGUGUUCAGGAUCAGCUGAUCUACAACACCUAUCUCAAGGCGUGGGAACUGUCACAGGACACCAACACGCCACCGGAUGAACGGGACCUUCUGCUGCAAACACUGGAGCUCUGGAUGGCGGUACGAUUGACGACUAAAUCGAUCGAGAUCGUGGGUGAUGAGACGCUUGGCAUGAGCCGCGAUAUACUUGACAGCAGCAGCCCGCAACACGGAUGCAUUCCUCUUCCGCCAGUAAUGGGGGCUCAGUUAGACUUGGUUCUCAUUCAACAUAUACAGACCAGGCUUCGACGGGAAAUGCUGGAGAAACUGCAGAAAAUGACACUUCAGAACAAGCAGAAGACGUGGCUGACGACAUACCUGGUAACUUUCAUGUUGCUGCACAACAUCGCACUCGUUACGGACCAUGAUGCCUCGUACGCCCAAAAGCAUGGCAUGGGAAAAAAGUUCGCCCGAGAGUCGGACGUUCAAGAAUAUCACCUAGGCGGCACGAUUCUCCUAGCGUAUUUCCACUACUGCAACAAGGGAAUCUACCCGUUUUCCGAAGAGUGCAAAGACCAAGAUCUACGGACGUUGGCGCAGCUGGAUGAAGACGCGAUGCAAUUUAUCCACUGGACACGGUCACAGGCCAUGGCUCAUAAGCAUGAAUGGGAAGAGGUUCAGCAGGCCAAUCAGUAUGAGCAACCAUACUUUUUUGUUAGCCAGCUAUUCCAGCGAGAUUGGCAACCUCAAACGUGGGCAUAUUAAUCCAAGUCGAAGGUGGGCAGGAUGCGCGUGCAAAGACGUGAGAGAGAGGGGGAGCCGGCGACAUUGGGUUCUCAUCGUUUGAAUCAUUGUUUCUUUUUAGGGGGCAGGGAUGCACCAUUAGCGACGUGCACAGGCGCAAUGCGGGCAGGCCAAAAAGACAAGUCAUUGGCUUUGGAGGUUUGGCAUGGAAAGCGGAGUUCUAUUUGCCCGUCCCCUCUUGUUUGUUUAUUUUUCUUCUUCGUUUUACUCCUCCAAGCAGGUGGUCAGGUUUCCACUUGUUCUUUUUGUUCGACCGAGAUUCCCGAACUUUAUGUUCUAUAGGGGUUGUUUGAUUGACAGAGAAACACGAGAGCGCAUACUGACCGGUUUCCCUUCCUUUGCGGGACACACUAGCCGGCUUGUACUGAAGUCAAGGCGAAGAUGGGGCCGGAAGCUGGUGAUCAGGAUGGGGUGGUAAAGAUGGGCUUUGCCGUUGUCGUUGUCAUGGAUGGUGUUAUCGGUACUAAUUCUGUAAACCUUCUUUCGAUCACUUCGUCCGACCAUUCGGUCACCAUCCAUCCCGUGUACCGU